CACGCCAGCAUUUUAAUCUAAGAUCGAUAAAUAAAUGAAUGGUUCUUCCCCCAAUUUCAAAGCGAAGGAAUCAGAACCUAAUACUUCCGACGUGUUAUGGAGAUGCCUUUUGUAUUCCUUUGACGACCUACAGGAAGAUAUAUUUGUUAGGUCUAAAUGGGCAAUUAAUGGCAAGGCUCCCAACCAAUUAUUAAAGCACCAAAAAUCAGAUUUGGAAAUACUGAGAGGAGAAGGACGAACUGGUACAGAAACUGGGUUUCCUUCUUCUUUUCUUCUUGUAAGCUUCUGGGUAUAUUGUCUUACAAGGGUUUUGUAUUCUUCUUGGAUUGGGUUAAUCCUUGAAGGGGUUGAGUGAGUUGAGAUUCACUUGUGAGGGUUUAAUCUUGCACUCGCAAGCAAGAGUUUGUUCCGGUUUAAUCUUGCACCCGUAAGCAAGAGAUUUCUAGUGGAUUGGACUCUCGAGCAAGGAGGCUUGGGGAGUGGACGUACUCCGGGUUGGAGGAACCACUAUAAAUCACUGCUUGAUUU